AUGUCUUCGGUUCAUCAACCCAUAGUUUGGAUCCUGGUCCCCAUCACAACUUUCUUCCUUUCCGUUGGUGCUUUCUUUCACUUAGCCAAUAUCCCUUAUCCUCGACGAGUUUUUCUAUCGCCAUUGCUGUACAUUCCAGCCGGUGUGUCCUUCGCCACAUCAAAUUGGUGGCCGGGAGAUUUAAACAGUCUAUGGGGUCUCCUUCUCUGCAUUUGGGUGGGACACUCUACAUCACUGCUCUUUAUUGAGGAUUUGGGAGUAUGGGAAGAUGGCGAUUACAUAGGUCGCAUCUCCAAGCUUGCUCCCCACAUUCCCGGCAAACAUCACAAAGGAUUAAAACUCUGGAACAACCCACUCCUUUUGGGGACGUCUUACCAAAUUGCGAACAAGUCCAAGUCAGCCACAAGUUUUCCGUCCUCGUUGGCCAGAUUUACAGUGCUUCGCCUUGGGAAACUUGUAACAUACGUGGGGAUGUAUCUUUACAUAAAAUCACGGAUCUUCCCUGCAGUAUUCAUGCCUCUCCGAAUGGACGAGUUUGACCCAUUACACCAAGUCUACUUUCGACGUUUACCGUCGCAGAUUGUUCCAGUCACCCUCAGAGAGACAUUGCUGAGAUGUGCGUUCGUCUGUUGGUGGACAUUCUCUGCCGUCGCCAUGCUUGAUUCAGCACACGCUGCACUCUCACUGGUCUCGGUCAGUCUCUUCCGUAUUGAUGAACCAUAUGAGUGGCCGUCGAUUUUCGGAUCACUCAGUCAAGCAUGGAGCAUCCGACGUUUUUGGAGCAAGUUUUGGCACCAGAUUGUUCGUCGAACUUACACGAACUAUGGUGAAUGCAUUUCCCGCAACAUACUCCGUCUUCAGCCUCGCUCGGUUCCGGACAAGGUUUUCGUUAUAUUCAUGAUCUUUUUUCUCUCUGGUGUCUCCCAUGCUGCUGUUUCGUGGCAGCUUGGUGACCACUGCGGUUGGUCAUUGGAUAUAUGGUGGUUUUGCGCCAAUUUCUUUGCUGGGCUUUUAGAGGUCGUUGUGACACAGCUGUUCCGGGCCUGUGUGAAGAAGCUUGGGUUUAAGCGGUUGGAUGAAAGUAAUUGGAGCAAAGUCGUUGGGUUUAUUUGGGUAUUUUCUUUCAUGUUCUGGAGUAUUCCGAAGUGGCAGUAUCCAAAGCUCUAUUGCCAUCUUAGUGAUGCAUGA